CCACAUUUCCAAUCCACGCCUGAGCUCAUCUGCAGACUAACCACGGUGUUCAACUCCUUUCCCCGCGGAACCGCCAUCCAGGUAAUGACGAUGCCUACAGUGCCUGACAUCCUCCUCCUCCCUUUUCCUCACUCCCAACCAAUACAACAGCUAAAGUAACCAACUCUCUAACUCCCAGAUACUCUUCGCAUAACUCCCAGACGAAUUGACAAAUUGAACCCCGCCCUCUUGACACCACUCCAUCCAUACCCUAGGGAUCUACCCCCUCACCCCCACCACCACUACCACCAACAACAACAACGACAAACCCAUCACGAUACACAACCAGCAAAAUGGCGCAACUCAACUACCGCACAAUCAACAUCGACGUCCUCGACCCGGACUCCUCGAUCAACUUCCCCAUGGACACCCUCCUGCCGGCCACGCUACCCGCGCCGACCACCUCCAGCGCCGCCGCCGCCGUGGCCGGCGAGGUGCGCCAGCUGCUGCGCGGCGGCGACCCGGAGGCGGCCCUUCGCCACGUGCUGGACACCGCCCCGCUGGGCGGCGACGAGCGCGCCAAGGAGGUCCAUCUGGCGGCCGUGACCGAGGUGCUGCAGGGGAUUCGGCAGGGGGAGAUGAGCCGGGUGCUGGAGGGGGUUUGUACCGGGGAGGGUGGGGCGGGGCGCGCGGAUUGUUUGAUGAAAUAUUUGUACAAAGGCAUGGCCUCCCCGGUCUCGAACCAGACCCCCCGCAAAUCGGUCUCGCCGCAGAACACGGGCUUCUCGCAGAUUCAGGGCCGCAACUUGGGCGAAGGCGGUGGUGGUCAGCAGAUGAGUGUGCUGUUGAGCUGGCAUGAGAAGUUGGUGGAGUUGGUUGGCACGGGGUCGAUUGUGCGGGUCAUGACGGAUCGGAGGACGGUUUAGAUUGAUGAUGGUAGUUAGAGUCUGUGUUGUUAGUAUGUACUUGACACUUCAUCAAUGAUGGAGGUGACGGAUAUAUUUUUCUCUUCUGAGUCUGCCUCGUUUCCCCUGUAUAUAUAUAUAUAUAUAUAUAUAUGUUAGAGUC